GAUUUUCAACCAAAAACUGAUUAUAUCUUCAGAACAUUUGUAUCUAAGAAUUCGUGAACAGAAAAGCAUAAAGAGAUGAAGAUCUCAAAGUUAAUUUGGUGUGUCGUCACGGUAGCAAUAAUUUCAAGUGAAGCUUUCGCCGCUACAAAUAAAGUCUUUUGCUAUUUCGGAAGCUGGGCAGGAGGUCGCAGUGGAAAUGGGGCGUUUAGUGUGGAAAAUAUCAAUCCUAAUCUUUGCACUCACAUUGCAUAUUCCUUUAUCGGCUUAAAUACCGACGGAAGUGUUAAACUUUUAGACUCUGGCACGCUCUUCACUCGAUUCAUAAAUCUAAAAAAUUCAAAUCCGAAUGUUAAACUGUUAAUAGCGAUGGGAGGAUGGAACGAAGGUAGUACAACAUACUCUGCGGUGGCUGCUUCAACAUCAAAACGAGCUGCAUUUGUAACGAGUGUCUACAAUUUCUUGAACAAGUACGGCUUCGACGGUUUCGAUUUCGAUUGGGAGUAUCCAGGUUUAAGAGGUGGUGUCUAUGCAGAUAGAGUCAACUUCAUAACUCUGUUGAAGGAAUUGAAAGAGAAAUUUAAUGGUGCAAAACUGCUUACUGCAGCUGUCGGAGCUACACAAAGUUUUCACCAAUCGUCUUACGAUGUUGUACAAAUGAAUCAAUACCUGGAUCUGAUUAACAUCAUGAGCUACGAUUAUCACGGCGCAUAUGAUGGCGUCACUGGCCAAACGUCUCCCCUGUAUGCUAGCAGUGUUGAUACGAAUGCACAACUCAAUCAAGACGCUUCAAUUACAGCAUGGAUAAACGCUGGUGCCAGUCCACAAAAACUGUUAAUGGGCGUUGCUUUAUACGGCAGAUCGUUUACACUGUCGAAUGUCAAUAACAAUAAAGUUGGAUCUCCCACUUCGGGACCGGGAGCCGCAGGUCCAUACACAUUGGAAUCAGGAACAUUGUCGCAUCUUGAAAUAUGCGAAAAAUUGAAAUCAUCCGGUUGGACGACCGUGUUUGAUGAUAAGCAAAAGAAUCCGUACUCGUACAAUGGCAACCAAUGGAUUGGCUAUGAUAACACGCAAUCGGUUCAGAUCAAGGCCGAGUACGCUAUUGCACGGAAUUUAGGCGGAAUUAUGGUGUGGGCCAUCGAUUACGAGGACGCAAAAAAUGUUUGUGGAGGUGGUGCGUUUCCGUUACUGCAAACAAUAAAUCAAGUUUUGUCUGGGUCAACAGGAAGUACAACAACACCGGCUACUACAGUAACUACUACUACUACCACUAAGGCUCCUACAACAACAACUAAGGCUUCCACUACUACUACCACUAAGGCUCCAACAACAACUACUAGAGCCACCACUAAUGUUCCUACUCCGGGAGAAUUCGUCUGUACUGCAUCUGGAACAUUCCGAGACCCAACAGAUUGUAGCGUUUACUACUAUUGCGGUGCAAAUUGGAACGGCAACUACUCGAAAACUCGCUACGAAUGCAAAUACGGUUUGGUGUAUGACGAACUUCGAUCGCUGUGUAACUAUGCGUGGGCAGUUCGAUGCUAAUUGUACGACAAUGAAGGGACUCCAUUAUUUUGAAAUAAAAUUACAAUAUUGCCAGUCAA